CUCGGUGGUCGGUGGCAGUUAGUAUUUUCCAGCCAACGGUGCCUCACAGGUGUGCAAAGAGCCCGCAGUGCGAGUGCAAGCCUUGGUCUUAGCCCAAAUAUAUAGUCUGGAUAUCGAAUUGGAUUAAACGCAGCAGCCCACACACCCAUUUACAGUACCUAUAAAAAAGAGCCGAAGGCCCACAAAACGGAUUAUCGCAUGUGUUUAAGCAAAGUGCUAAGAGCUGAGUGAUAUAUAGUGAUCAAAACUGAACAAUCUGUGUGUGAAAAUGUGGAAAACGUUGUGCCUGCUGCUUCUUUUGACGGCCACCUGCAGCGCAGGACCGCUGUCCGCCCACCAGAAAAGAAAAGCACCCGUAACGCGUGAGGAACCAGUCCCAGCUGAGGUGGAAAUGCCGGAACAGACCGAAACGGAGGAGGAGCCGGCUCCAGCGGAAGCAGCUUCCCUUGGAACUCUCACCCUGCCCAGCAACGCCACCUCCAUCCGGUCGGACAUCACGGAUAACUUCUCGUGUGCCAACAAGACCUAUGGCUACUAUGCCGAUGUGGAGAACGACUGCCAGAUCUUCCACGUGUGCCUGCCGGUCACCUACGCCGAUGGCAGGGAAAAUACUUUCCGCUGGAGCUUCAUCUGCCCCGAGGAGACCAUCUUCAGUCAGGAAUCGUUCACCUGCAUGCGUCGCGAGGACAUGACCAUUGAGUGCGAGGAUAGCUCCAGAUACUACGAACUGAAUGGCAACUUUGGUGGUCCUGCGGAGGAGGAAAGUAAGCCCACUCCCGUUGAGAGUGAGGAGCCGGAGAAGGAGGAAUCGGAGCCCCAACCCGAACCCGAACCCGUUGAUUCGGAGCCAGAGCCAGAGGUUCCGGCGGAACCAGAGGUCCAGACAGCCAAGCCCAUGAAGCCACUCAAGGCCCAAAAGCCUAAGCCCAACCGAAGGAAGCCUCAGCCCCAGAGGAAGGUUCCAGUUGCAGUCACCGCUGCACCCGAGGCACAAGCUGCUCCCGAGCCAAUUGCCCCCGUUGAAGUGGAGCCCAUGAAGCCCGUGAAGCCACAGAGGUUCACCAGCAGACCCAACCAGGAGAGGCCCCAGGUGAAAAGGCCUGCAAUUGCUGCACCACCCAUGCGAAAUGAGCUCUUCAAUGGAAUUCGAAGGCGUCCAGCCAUCUUCAAUAAGCCCACAACUACCGUGAAACCAGUGGAGGAAGUGGUGGAGAAUGAACCGGCGGUCACAGAGGCAGUGGUGCAACUCAGUGAGCCCCAACCCACACUGAAACUGCAGACCUUGUUCGCAGAACCAGAAGGUAUUCCUGUGGCAGUCCAGGAGCCGGAAGUUCAGGCUUCCGAGCCAGCUGUGACUUUCGUUCAGCCAGAGCCCGUUGUCGAAGAAGUGGUACCCUCGGAGGUGGAGAUUGAUACCAGAAUCGAGGACAUCAAGCCCAUUGAAGCCAUCGAAGAAAUUCCUGCAGUUAUAGUGGAAAGUCUAGAUCAAUCAAUGCCCCAGGAAAUCGCGACAGCAGCCGAAAACCAGGAGGAAGCUAAGAUAACUGAAGAGGCCAAGCCCGAAGAAGAGCCCAAGCCGGAAGAAGAAGUUAAGCUCGAUGAAGAGCUCAAGCCAGAAGAAGCAUCUAAGCCGGAGGUGGAGACAAAGCCCCAGGAUAUCCAGGCCGAGGAAAUGGAUGAAGUGCCAGCCAAGGUGGAGGAGAUCAUUGAAGCUAUACCCGAUGUAAUAAAAUCGGAGCCAGCUAUUAUGGAGGCCAGCAACUCUCACGAGGAACCCAUGGUCAAUCUGGAAGCUCUGGAGGCAGCUAAGCCAGCAGAUGCCCCCGAGAGCAUGCCAGCCACUCCCGAAAUGGAACAGCACAGUCCUCUUGUGGAAGAAAUCCUGGAUAACAAGAACGAUGGAGAGGCGCAGGAGUCGCUGGGAGGUUUCAAGCCAGUGGAUCCCGUGAUGGCCGCCGAAGCGGAGCAGUUGAUCACCGACUUUCUGAACACCCUGAAAAAGAACGAAGAGAAACAAGAGACUGACUUGGCUGCGAGUAUAUUGCCAGUGAAUAAUGCAGAUGUGUCGAUUGAGGAGGCCAAACUUCCUGAGCCCGAGGUCGUGGACAAGAAUGCCUCAGUUGAGGAGCAGUUGUUGGAGGAAACCGAAGACAAGAAGUCCCACAAGACCGAGACGAUGCAGGACUCUCCGAUCAUCAACAUUAUGCAGGUGCAACAUAUGCCCAUGGACUAUAGAAUCCCAGUCCGGGUUAUUCCCGUUGAAGUCCAGCCUGUUCCUGCAAUCUCUGAGGCAUCAGAGGUCGUUAAGGAAAGCGCUCCCGAGGUGCUAUUCGAAUCUUCUAAUGAGGAGACCAAGGAAAGUGCUCCACAAGUAGCUGAAGAAACCGUACCCCAAGAAGUUGUCGAUACAUCUCCUGAGAAAGUUAAGGCAGUUCCGGAAUCACCUGUAGAGGAGCCCAAAGAAACUUCUCCUGAAGAGAUCAAGGAGACCACUCCCGAGGAAAUCAAAGAGGCUGCUUCAGAGGCUGAGCUCGUGGCCACGCCCGAGCAGACUGCUUCCCACGACGAUGACGCCCAGGAGAGUCUAGUCACAGCCGCCUACAUGCCCUCCAUUGAGGACAUCGUGGAGCUGGUGAAAGAGCGCCUGGAUCAGACGCCCAAGAAGGAUCAGCUAGCUCCCAUGGAGCUGAUACUCACGCCUGGUGGUGAUGAGCCCAUGUCCUUGGUUCAGAGCAAUCCAGAUCAGUUGGAGCCGGAAUCUCAGCCCACGGAGGAGGCGGCUUCCACUGCCGAGCAGGAAGAGGAAGUCAUCCUGCCCAUUUACAAACGCGUUUCCGCCGCCGAACCCGCCAUGUCCAAGGUGCAAACGCUGCCCGUAACGGUGAGCAAAGUGGAUACGGAAGCUUUGCCGGAAGCUGAGUCCCAACCUGAAGUCCGGGAACCCAAGAUGGACGCCCGCAAGCGACGUUUCCUGUUCCGCGCCGAUGCCAGCUAAAAAGGAACAAAGGGAGAUACAGCGAAGGACAGAUAACAAUCCUGGCAAGGAUUAUUCUUCCACUUAGCCCGAACCGGAACCCCGUUCACCUCCUAGUUCCCAAUACGCUAUCCCACUCGUUUGCACCUAGGCAAGUUGUAUUUAAUAAUUUUUGAUUUCCUAGUUUUAUGGCCAUUUCUCAAAGGAUAAUUGCGGACGAACGUUGAAAUUUAAGUUUAGAAUUGUUGUUCCGACCAUUUAAAGAAACAAACUAUAAAAAAAUGGCAAAACAUUUAAAAUAAAAAUAUUAAAAAUGAAA